CAGAUAGGAAAAAAAUAAUCAUUCAUUAAUCGAGUAUCGUGUUUGGGAUCUCUCGCACCCCGUUUUGCUUUUCGCGUUUCAAAUUCCCGUCUUUUGUGAGCUGUUGUAAUAGUUGGAGUGUUUUCAGCGCAAGGAAAAGGGUGAAAAUCGAAUCGCCAUUCGUCGUUUCGGAAUUUCAGUGUCGUACGCUUUUUUCUGGUGUGGAUAAUCUGUGCCUCCUUAAUCGUGGAUUACGUCGAAUUCGGGAGCAACCCGCAGGAAGUGCUACGAUCGAAGAAAUUAAUUGUGCAUUUGGAAACAGAACGGCUUUCUAUAGUUGAUCGAAUUUUUUAAGAAAUAAAUCAUAGUGAUUCAAAGUGAGAGUGAAUUUACAUUGUGAGACGAGUGAAAUAUAGACAAAGGUCAACAGGAUUAACGAGCUUCAAUCGAAAUGCGCAGCGUGAGAAGCAGUCUUACCAUCGGACGACUGGCCAUCUAUCCGAGGAAUUCCAACAUUCGAACAGGUUUGGUCUGCUUGUUAGCGUCUCACCAGAACAACCACCAGCUCCAUUGUGCCUCCGUCGAUCACAGCCAAUGCUGCGGUAGCACCGGCAGCCACGCGCAACUAAAAGAACACAGCUACAGACGGUUCCAUGUUUCAGCAGUUUGCGAGAAAUCAUCAAAAGGCGGCUCGAAUUCACCCACAGGAUCCAGCGGUGGAAGCGGCUCCUCAGCAUCCGGCGGCUCCGGUGGCAGCGGCAAAGAUGGCAACGGAAAUGAACCACCCAAUAAAAAGAACGUUCUGUCCUGUCCCAAAUGUGGCGAUCCGUGCACACACGUGGAAACGUUUGUCAGUUCGACACGGUUCGUGAAGUGUGAGAAAUGCCAUCACUUUUUCGUGGUGCUGAGCGAAGUAGAUUCUAAAAAAACCAUCAAGGAUACGGACACCAAAGGUCAGCGAAAACCACCGCCACCGCCGAAGAAAAUAAUGGAAUACCUCGAUCGGCACGUGGUCGGGCAGGAUGUGGCGAAAAAGGUGCUGUCGGUGGCCGUUUACAACCAUUACAAGCGAAUCUACCACAACCUGCCGCCUCCAGCCAGCAGCAGCGGACAGACGGGGUCCCAGCAGAUCGAUUCAAUGUCUCGCAGCAGCGAGCUGCUGCACAUAUCCGGUAUCGGCCAUACUAUGAUGAGCUCCGCUCCGUCGGAGGUUCCCCGACCCCCGCCGGCGUCGGCCAACGUCUCGCACGCCAACCAGUCGGGCUCGGAUCUGCUGGACAAAAAAGUGCACGAGCUUAAGCUGGAAAAAAGCAACAUCCUGAUGCUCGGCCCGACCGGAUCGGGCAAAACGCUGCUUGCGCAAACGAUUGCCAAGUGUUUGGAUGUUCCAUUUGCCAUCUGUGAUUGUACCACGUUGACGCAGGCCGGCUACGUGGGCGAAGAUAUCGAGAGUGUCAUCGCAAAGUUGCUCCAGGAUGCCAACUAUAGCAUCGAACGUGCCCAGACGGGAAUCGUUUUCCUGGACGAGGUAGACAAAAUCGGUGCGGUGCCCGGAAUCCACCAGCUGCGGGACGUUGGCGGCGAGGGCGUCCAGCAAGGUAUGCUCAAAAUGCUGGAGGGUACCGUCGUGAAUGUGCCAGAGCGAAACUCUCCCCGGAAAUUGCGCGGCGAAACGGUACAGGUUGACACCACCAACAUUCUGUUCGUGGCAUCCGGUGCCUACACCGGGUUGGAUCGAUUGAUCGCUAGGAGAUUGAAUGAGAAGUAUUUAGGCUUCGGAAUGCCAGCCACUUCUUCCGAGGGUCGACGAGCGGCUCAGGCGUCGGCGGCACCCAUGGAUAACGACCAGAUCGAACGGGAUGCUAACUUGCGGAAAGUUACGGCAAAGGAUUUAGUUGAAUUUGGCAUGAUUCCGGAAUUUGUUGGACGGUUUCCGGUUCUGGUUCCGUUCCACAGUUUGGACGUGGAAAUGUUGGUUCGCAUUCUCACGGAACCCCGCAAUGCUCUCGUGCCACAGUACAAAGCUCUGCUCAGUAUGGACCAGGUGGAGCUUACUUUCACGGAAGAUGCACUCGUACAGAUUGCUCGUCUGGCAAUGGAAAGGCAAACCGGUGCUCGCGGUCUGAGGGCCAUAAUGGAAACACUUCUGUUGGAGCCAAUGUUCGAGGUACCCGGCUCGGAUGUCAAGACCGUUCACAUUAAUGAGGAUUGCGUGCGGGGUCACGCGGAACCGACCUACAUUCGCCGGAAUCAACCGAAUUCAGCGAGCUGUGAUCCAGACACACCCAACAGCAACAACAGUUCUCAGGCACCGGAAGAGGAGGAAAACACCAAGCUCCGUGUGAAGCAAUGAAAUUUCGUGUGAUAAAACCGUAGGGCGACUGCUACAACUAAAAAUCACUACAGGUAGGAAGUAUUAGUUUAGAACAUAAAGCUUAUAUUUUUUCCUCUUCCUAUCCGCUGGUGAUGUUAACGCAUAUGGAUUUUGUCUCAGCAAUAGUGUUCUGAGACACAGAAGAAUCGUAAACAAAGUGCAAAAUUGUACAUAAAAAUGUCUUGCUUUUACUUUAGAGUAACAAAAAAAAACGAGACAGCAAAAAUAUAGUAAAUUAUGAUCACUCGUAGGUGUAAGAAGAGAAGAAGCAAGUGGUGUUUAGGUUCCUUAAUUAUUGAGCGAAUCGUUUGAAGUAAAAAUCAUUAUCCUUUUAAUGAGCAUGCGAUGAAAAAGAAAAUGUGAUGAAUUCUCUGACGGCCUCCCUCCAAACGGGAUACUACUGUCCGUCUUUGUUGUUGGCCAGAAACGCAAAACCUGUACGAAAAAGCAAAAAUUUUCCAACCUCCCGUACCCGUAAAAUGUAAUUGAUUGUACAUUCGAACAAUUGCUCUCCCUCGCGACACGGAUGCAGUUCUAUAUCUAUUAUCUCUUACCUAUUAUUACUUAACAAUAGAAAAGAAGACAAAAAAAUUUCUAGAAGGUAUAAAAAUUGUAAAUAGUAAAUACUAGUAAGUUCCAAGUUUGAAAAAAAGCAGAUUAAAAACUGCAUAAAAAUAGACAAAAGUGAACGUAUUAGGCUAGCGGUAACGUAUAGGUUGAAACAAUUUCCCUGAAACUGAC